AAAUGGUCAACAACAACAACAACAACGACAACGAUCAUCAUCAACAACGACGUUCAAUGUUAAGAAAAAUAUCAAAUGUAAUCGUACAAAAUUUGAAAAUGAUUUUGAUCGUUUAAUGGUUGUUAGCCAUUCGGAACGUAAAUUUCCUGAAAAUCAAAAUGAAUUGAAAAAAUUUUGUCAUGAAUCAAAAGAAAUAUUUGCUUCAUUAAACCAAUAUAAAGAUCAAUGUACAAGAGAAACAUUGAAAAAUUUUCUGGCCAUAAUUCUUUAUUCAGUACGUGGCAAUAUGAAACGUAUUUGUUCGAAACGUUUAUCACAGCAAACAUUAUCAUUAAUUGAUGCAUCUGAAUGUAUGAAUCGUAAUAAACAACCGAUUGGUCGUUGUAUGGAUAGUGCAAGUUUAAAUUAUGCUGCUAUAAAACAUAUACAAAAUGAUAGAAAAAUGCCACAACUUUGUUGUCAAUUUGUUGAAAUAAUACAAUGUUUUACACAGGUUAUGAUCAAAAAUAAUUGUGAAGAUAAAUUACCAGUAUUAUUGGAAACAAUAACCGGUGUUGUUGGAAAUUUUCUCGAUUCUACUUGUGGUGAAUAUAAUCUUGAUACUGAUAAAUGUGAACAAUUACCAUCAUUGCCGAUUGAAAAUUUACGACCAUAUUCAAAAAGUUUUGUUACAAAUUUAGUCGAUAUAUUUGAAAAUGUUUAGAGAAUUUUUUUGUUU